AUCUCUGGCUGUCACCCGGCCUGGCCCCUUCCACGCCCAGCCGGGGCAAGCCUGAUCUGGCCAUAGGCAUGAGGGGCCUUCGGCCGAGAUGAUAGUGCUGGUGCCAGCCUGGAGCCCAACUACCUCCCUGCUGCUCCUGCUGCUGCUCAGCCCCGGCCUGCGCGGGACCCCCGACUGCUCCUUCAGCCACAGCCCCGUCUCCUCCACCUUCGCGGUCACCAUCCGCAAGCUGUCUGAUUACCUGCUUCAGGACUACCCAGUCACUGUCGCCUCCAACCUGCAGGACGACGAGCUCUGUGGAGCCUUCUGGCGUCUGAUCCUGGCCCAGCGCUGGAUGGAACGGCUCAAAGCUGUGGCCGGGUACCAGAUGCAAAUCCUGCUGGAGGCUGUCAACACGGAGAUACACUUUGUCACCUUAUGUGCCUUCCAGCCCCUCCCCAGCUGUCUUCGCUUCGUCCAGACCAACAUCUCCCACCUCCUGCAGGACACCUCCAAGCAGCUGACGGCCUUGAAGCCCUGGAUCACUCGCAGGAAUUUCUCUGGGUGCCUGCAGCUGCGGUGUCAGCCGGACUCUUCCACGCUGCUGCCCCCAAGGAGCCCUGGGGCCUUGGAGGCCACAGCCCUGCCGGCCCCGCAGGCCUCUCUGCUGCUCCUCGUGCUGCUGCUGCCCGUGGGUCUCCUGCUGAUGUCCACUGUCUGGUGCCUGCACUGGCGAAGGAGGAGGCGGAGGACGCCCUACCCUGGGGAGCAGCUGAGUCUGCAGAGGACACUGAGGCCCAGCGAGACGAGUCACCUGCCAGAGGACACAGAGCUGGGACUCGGAGGAAGUCAGCUAGAGACUGGUCCCUUCCUCGACGGCGCUGCCCCGCUCACUCUCUCCCCAGGAUGGAGGCAACGCCAGUCCCCAACGCCAGCCCCAGCCCCACCUAUCCCCCUCUGUACAAAGUCCUUGUCCCCAGGAAAUUGUAUAUAA